AUGUCGGACAGAACAAUGGCGCGGCAAGUACUGCUGUUUAUUUGGUUUCUCUCUCUCAGUUCAGCUCUCGGGCAGGUCAGUUACUCCAUUCCUGAGGAAAUGUCGAAAGGCUCUUUAGUCGGUAACAUAGCGCAGGAUUUGGGUUUAGAUUUAAAGAGACUGAAAUCUGGCAAAGCCCGAAUUUAUACAGGAGACAGCGGUGAAUACAUCGAGCUGAAUAAAGACAGAGGAGUCCUCCUUAUCAAAGAGAGAAUAGACCGAGAGGCGCUAUGCGGACAGACAACGCCUUGCGCACUACAUUUACAAAUUAUUCUUGAUAAUCCAAUGGAACUGUUUCGAGUAACUGUUGAAAUUAAAGACAUAAAUGACAAUUCUCCUAUUUUUAAAAGAAACGAGAGACGAUUUGAGAUAAGUGAAUCGGCUGUCAUAGGAUCAAAAUUUGUGCUGGAGAAAGCGAUAGAUGCAGACAUUGGCUCGAAUGAUCUGCAAAGUUAUUUUAUACAGCCUACCGACCAUUUUAAUUUAAAACUUCAUAGUCAGAGUGAUGGGAGUAAAAAGGUUGAGAUGAUUCUACAAAAGCCUUUAGACCGAGAAAAACAGGAAAACAUGUCUCUGGUGUUAACGGCAGUUGACGGUGGAGAACCACCGAAAUCAGGGACCGUUCAGAUACAUAUAACUGUGCUUGAUGUAAACGAUAAUGCUCCCGUUUUUACUAAACCUAUGUAUAGAGCAAUUAUUACUGAAAAUUCCCAAAGAGGCACUUCAGUCAUCUCUGUUGCAACCCUAUAUCACGAAAAUGCGUGA